UAGCUCCUCUGGCACCCUGAAAAGGCCUUGGAGUGGCAGCAGAGACCUCUGCUUACAGAUUCAGAUGGUUCAUUGUGGGUGUGAGGUAGGGACCCAACAUAGAGGACCCUUUCACCCCAGCUGGCUGAGCAGCCUUAGUGACCCAGAUCCUAAAUCCUGUCAGCCCCAUGGAAGCGGCACCUGCCAGGCUGCCAGGGCCUGGAGCCCCCAGGCCCCACACGGAACCAGGGGAGCCCGCGGAGGAGAGGAAGUUCCGAGUGCUCGUGGGGGUCACAGGCAGCGUUGCGGCCUUGAAGCUCCCUCUCCUGGUAUCUGGGCUGCUUGAGGUCCCUGGGCUGGAAGUUGCGGUGGUCACGACUGAGAGAGCCAAGCACUUCUACAGCCCGCAGGAUGUUGCUGUCACCCUGUACAGUGACGCUGACGAGUGGGAGAUGUGGAAGCAGCGCUCCGACCCGGUGUUGCACAUUGAGCUGCGGAGGUGGGCAGACCUCAUGCUGGUGGCCCCGCUGGACGCCAACACCCUGGGCAAGGUGGCCAGCGGCCUCUGUGACAACCUGCUUACCUGUGUCAUCCGGGCCUGGGACCGCAGCAAGCCCCUGCUCUUCUGUCCAGCCAUGAACACAGCCAUGUGGGAGCACCCAAUCACCGCCCAGCAGGUGGGCCAACUCAAGGCCUUUGGUUACAUUGAGAUCCCCUGCGUGGCCAAGAAGCUGGUGUGUGGAGACCAAGGUUUGGGAGCCAUGGCGGAGGUGGAGACCAUUGUGGACAAAGUGAGAGAAAUCCUGUCCCAGCUCGGCAGCUCCCAGCACAGUUGAACUGCGCAGUUUCUGGGCCGUGUGGCCUCUGCACUUGGUCGAACAUUCACGUGUGGUGAAGAGGCCUCCCCAGGACCCUGGCUGGCUCCUGGCUGUUCUGGGCUGAAGACUGCAGCCUGGCUUUUCUCUCCCAGGUUCACCUGCUGCCCCUCCCCACCUGUUCCCAGGAGCCCGAAGCAGGCCCCUGUACUGUCCCUGUGUGCCCCUGGCGUGAGGCCGAGUGACAGGAAACCUGGGGGCUGUACCUCAGCAAGCCGGGGGUCUCUUGGGGGCUGGGUCCCCUGGUGGUGUGCCCAAGUGCACCCACAGGACACAGUGUUCCACAGACUGGGCCGGGAGCCUGGGGGUGCUGGGACUACAGUAAAGUGGUGUUUUAGGAGGCUGCAGGUUUCCUUUGGUGGGGGGCAGGGACGGGACCAGGCUAGGCUGGGGGCGUGGUCAGUUGAGACUGGGGGUGGGGCCAAGUGUAGCUGGAAUUGCUCUGAGGGCAGUCUCUCCUUCAAAUCCCAGCCCUGCGGCUCAGCUGCAGAGGACCUUGCUGGCCCUGUGUUGGCUCAUCUUCCUCCCCUACGCUCGUGGAGGUACGGAGCUCAGCGGCUCCCAGCCACAGGGCUGCGUCCCGCUGCCCCUGUGCCUGCCUGAAGCCCCCUACUGCACACUCUGCUGCCCCCACACACUCGGUCUCUGCAUGGAUGGCGGUGGCCCGCAGAGUCCACGGCUCUGUUUACUUCCUGGUUUCCACUGCCCUCCUCACCCUUGAGCUGUCCUACUCCAGGGACAGAGCAAGGAUGUCUGGGCCCCCUCCCACAAGCACAUAGAAACGGGGAGAAGACCCUGGCGAGAUCACACUCUGCGUCCUUCCCAGAAUUAACGACUUUUCCAUGUGGCUGCCAUCUGAGCUCCUGUUUGCAGCUGGGUUGGAGAUGGCUUCCAGGGCAGGUGUAGGGGAUACCCUGGAGUGCCCCAAGAACCCCAAAAGUCAAG